ACCAUGCUUCUGCUUUAUCUCUUCCUCCUUCUCCCACUUUGUUCUCUUCCCCACAUUGCAUUCUCAUCUCAUUGCACCAUAGAAACCGCCACUAAAACAUUCCAAAAAUGCAUGAACCUUCCAACCCAACAAGCCUCCAUAGCAUGGACCUUUCACCCUUACAAUUCCACCUUAGAACUUGUCUUCUUUGGAAGCUUCAUUUCACCUUCUGGUUGGGUUGGAUGGGGAAUCAACCCUAGUUCGCCGGAGAUGACCGGAACUCGUGCCUUAAUCGCCUUUCCGGACCCAAACUCCGGCCAAAUAGUCCUUCUACCUUAUAUCCUAGACCCAACCGUCAAGCUCCAAAAAUCUCCUUUACUCUCUCGUCCUCUUGACAUCCACCUCCUCUCUUCAACCGCCACCAUGUACGGCGGCAAAAUGGCCACCAUACACAACGGCGCCGCCAUCCAAAUAUACGCCACAAUCAAACUAGAAUCGAACAAAACCAAAAUCCACCUUAUUUGGAACAGAGGACUUUAUGUUCAAGGCUACUCACCAACCAUUCAUCCAACUACAACCAACGAUCUCUCUUCAAUUGCAACAUUUGACGUGUUGUCAGGAUCAUCAGCUUCUCAACACACAGAUCUCACAACGAUGAGAGUGAUUCAUGGCACCAUAAAUGCAAUCUCAUGGGGUAUUCUGUUACCAAUGGGAGCCAUCACUGCACGUUACCUUAGGCACAUCGAAGCAUUAGGCCCUGCAUGGUUUUAUGCACAUGCAGGGAUGCAACUCUUUGCUUUCGUUUUAGGAACUGUUGGGUUUGCAAUCGGAAUCCGCCUCGGGGAACUGUCGCCGGGAGUGGAAUACAAGCUUCACCGGAAGCUUGGGAUUGCUGUGUUUUGCCUUGGAGCUUUGCAGAAUCUGGCAUUGUUGUUUAGGCCAAAAGCAAGGAACAAGUUCAGGAAGUAUUGGAAAUCGUACCAUCACUUUGUUGGGUACUCUUGUGUGGUGCUUGGGUUUGUGAAUGUGUUUCAAGGGUUUGAAGUAAUGGGGGCUAGCAGGUCUUAUGCUAAGUUGAGUUACUGCUUGGGACUUUCUACUUUGAUUGGUGUUUGUAUAGCUUUGGAGGUGAAUUCUUGGGUUGUGUUCUGUAGGAAAUCCAAGGAAGAGAAGAUGAGGAGAGAGGGACUUAUUGGAAGUUCUGACAAAGGGAGUGGCAUCCAUAAUUGA